AUGCCCGCCGGCGUGCAUGAAGAAGUAUCUGUGUUCGGAGUGGGCAAAUACCGCAAAACGGUAGAAGCUAUUGGAGGUAUUUUCGAAGGUACUCCAUUCCGCUUUGUCGGCAUCUUAGACAUGACCUCUACCGAGCCUUACAAUUUUACCCCCGAACGCCUGAAAGUGGUUUUGGGAGCCCUCUAUCCCAGACCUCGAUGCUUUCUUGCAGGAGAAGCCAUUGAACCGGAAGACAAUGCUGCUGCAGUAGCGGUCUGGCAGCAGUUCGCCAAGGGAAUGGACCUUGAACGUCCACUUCUGAUCAAUCUUAGGGAGGACCCGAAAGGAAGAAUUGUCGACGAAGUCAAGCAGAUACCCAAGGAACAGUUGAUGGUUGAGCUCGUCGAACACAUGAAAGAACACUUCUUCCCAUGA